AUGUCACAUCAAGACACAUCAUCCAGGUCUACCCUGGGGCCGUUGGAAUUAGUACCAGUCACGUUCUACCCCCUUGGAACCCAAAAGCACUUUGAGCGAACCGAGCAACGGAUCAAGAAUAAACCUUACGCAAAGUAUCUGCACUCGAGCCUCUCCUUGUACCCGGACAUUAUACCCGCCUUGAAGAAGCCAAUAAACCCCAAGGAUUUUCUCCAAAUCGCUCGUGUCGCUCACCUCCUCGAACCAGGCUACCACGAAAUAGAAAAUGGCUGGUGUGCUCUCAAUGAUGGAACCGCCUACGUCGCCUCCAAAACCCGCUUCCCUGGCGCCACAGGCGAGAUGAUCGACUGGUGGUUUUGGUGGCACUCAGUCGAGCCCGAGCGCUACGCUCUUUGGUACCCCUAUAACCACGUUUCCGCCCAAUCGUCUUUUCAAGACCGCCUGCACCGCGAUGACCUCAGCCAUCGCGAAAAAUGGCUUGGGUCCACGCAUAAGGUGACCGAGUUUAUCGGGCCACAGUACAUGAAAAUCCGCAUCCAAUUCGUGAACCCGGCAUAUUUCGGUCUGCCGUGGGAUAAACUCGAGGGGGCGGGAUACGCCGCUGCGGUGUGCGCAGUCUUGUGGGACGCAUGGUUACCCAUGAAAGUUGGUGAGUUCUUGCAUUUGUGGCGCAGGAAGGAUUAUGGACUUGAGUUACGGAGUCGGUAUUGGCUGGGUCAUCAGGUGUACUUCGACCUGGUGGGACUGAAGAUUCCGGUGGACUAUCUUGGGGGCAUUUUGGGGUUCAAGCAACGGCUUGCCGGCGAGAAUAUUGCGUACGAGCAGUUUCUUCACGAUCAAAUUGAAUUUACGAAUUUGGGGAUAAUUUUGCCCGGGUUGUUCGAGGAGUUUGGUCAGGACAAGAUGAAUGGGAGGUGA